UCCAUGUUCCGCGGCGGUGAGGAUGUAGCCUUGAUGUCUUCCUCCAGUUCCCACUGUCAGCGAACGACUCGAAGCGCGGAACGCCAGUUGAUGACACAAGUGACUGUACACUUCUUGGAUUUUAGCAACGCUUUUAUUUUUAUUUUUGGGGGUGGGGUCAUUGGCUACUAUCAUAAGGAAGGGUAAUGAAACUUUACGCUACUGUCUCGUAUACUACAGGAAAUGCGACGUCAUUCAAAGAAGAAACAUGCAGUGCUGCUAUUGCUGCUCCUUGCGGGGGGCUUCUACUUUGUUCGACAUUCAGUCAACACUGAAAAGUUAGAGGAGCCAGCAUCAGUGAACUUAACAUGGAAGGGAGAAAGGAUGGUCAGUAUGGAGUCAUGGGUGGAACAGGGAGACUACCUGCCUCUCAAUGUGACCUAUCAAGUACUUGCAGGAGUACCAUCCACUCAAUCGAGGUAUCUAUGUAUUGGACUAUCUUCAGUAAAGAGGAAGAAGGGCAGCUAUCUGAUCCCCACGUUAGUGUCCCUCUUCUCCCAGUCGUCUCAUGAAGAGCGCUCCUCCAUGGUGGUUGUAGUGCUGCUCGCAGAUUUUGAUGUCAGCUGGCGAAAGACCACAGUGACCAAGCUCAAAUCAGAAUUCUCCUCCGCGCUAGAGCAAGGUCAUCUGUUGGUCAUUCACGUCACUGAGGAAUGGUACCCACCCACUGCAGGUCUAAAGAGGAACUACAAUGAUUCUCCAGAAAGAGUAUCGUACCGUUCCAAGCAAAACCUGGAUUAUGCUUUCCUUGUGCACUACAGCUCAGGCCUCAGCAGAUACUACCUUCAGCUCGAGGACGACGUGUCCUCCGCAAAGAACUUUCCCACAACUAUAAAGAAGUGCAUUGAAGAGCAAGAAGCCAAAAAGACAACCUGGGCAAUGCUGGAGUUCUCCAGCCUUGGCUACAUCGGAAAACUCUACCAGUCGGCUCACCUCCCUCUGCUGGCACGUUUUCUCUUCCUCUUCUAUCAAGAAAUGCCAUGCGACUGGUUGAUGUCUCACUUUCGACUGCUUCUGACUCAGAAGGAGCCCAUCCUGUUCAAGCCUUCACUAUUCCAGCACAUAGGGACUUUUUCCUCAUUCCAAGGGACUUAUAACAAACUAAAAGACAAGGACUUUGAGGCGAGUGUCUACUCCAAUCCUCCAGCUGAGGUUUUCUCAGACAUGUCUACCUAUAAGAAACACUUUCCCAAACUGGCCUGGGAUGCUGGGGAAGGAUUCUUCUGGGGCAGCUCUCCAGAGAAAGGCAAUUAUUUGACUGUGGUAUUCACAGACCCCAGAGUGGUGACGGGAAUAACUGUAGAGACUGGGUCAGAGGGGAAAGACAUCCUGGCCUCAGCACAAGUGGAAAUUGGACACAAUGUGAUCACCACUACAAAAGAGAAGAAAACUUGCAAGGAUUUCCAUAUAUUGGGGUUCAUAGAGAAUGGUUGGUUUGCGAUGCAGGAGGUGGACAAAAACUAUACCUCCGCCUCUUCAUGUUUGAGGAUACAAGUCACAGCUGGGCAGAAGGAGUGGGUCAUCAUUCGGAAAAUCAGGAUCUCAACAUAACCCAUCUCACCUCCAUAGCAAGUACUUAUGUGAAUCGGUGUUUCCACUCAAGGUAGAUCAAUGGUUUGCAACACCUUGGGGGCGAGGCACCAGAGAACAUCAAAGCGAGGUGCAGCAGGUUGGAAAAAGAUCGUACAAUAAGCAACUCUGUGCAUGGCACACACUAAAUGAUAGUCAUUUUUAAUUGAAGUAAAAUUUCAGGAAUAGAUUUCAAUUAGUUGUUAAAUUCAGUCUAUUUUAGUACGGCUAUAAUAUGUUGUGCGUUGCCCUGUGGGGAUUGUUGGGCUCAGUAUAAAAUAUAUUUUUAAAGUCACUUCGUGGAAUUGUUUCACUGCAAGUGUUAAGAUUUUUGCAAUGCGAAUGUUAAGAUGUUUCAAUGUUUUUUUGUUUUGUUUUGUUAAAUUACAGAACAAUGUAUAUCUUAAACCUUUGAUUAACUGGCAACAAGUCCAGGGUCUGAAGCCUGAAGUCAGUUGGGAUAGGCCCUAGCACUCCUGCGAGCCUAAUGAGGACAAGCGCUAUAGAAAAUGAAUGGAUGGAUAUAUUUUUUACCUAAAUACCUACAACAUUUUAGUGCCUAAUUGGACAAAAUGGUUUAGCAACCAGAAGGAUCCAUCCAUUCCCAACACCACUUAUCCUGUUCAGGGUCGCGGGAUGUCUAUUGCAGCAGACAUCGGGCGAAAGGCAGACAACACACUGAACUGGUCGCCAGUCUCUCGCAGGGCACAUAUACAGUGGGUAAGGAAAAUAUUCAGACCCCCUUAAAUGUUUCACUCUUCAUUAUAUUAAAGCCAUUUGCUAAAAUCAUUUAAGAGCUUCCCCCCCCCCUCAUUAAUGUACACACAGCACACCAUAUUGACAGAAAAAAACAGAAUUGUUGAAAUUUUUGCAGAUUUAUGAAAAAAGAAAAACUGAAAUAUCAAAUAAACAUAAGUAUUCAGACCCUUUGCUGUGACACUCAUAUUUAACUCUGGUGCUGUCCAUUUCUUCUGAUCAUCCUUGAGAUGGUUCUACACCUUCAUUGGAGUCCAGCUGUGUUUGAUUAUACUGAUUGGACUUGAUUAGGAAAGCCACACACCUGUCUCUAUAAGACCUUACAGCUCACAGUGCAUGUCAGAGCAAAUGAGAAUCGUGAGGUCAAAGGAACUGCCUGAAGAGCUCAGACAGAAUUGUGGCAAGGCACAGAUCUGGGCAAGGUUAAAAAAAAUCCUAAGAGCACAGUGGCCUCCAUAAUUCUGAAAUAGAAGACGUUUGGGACGACCACAAGCCUUCCUCGAGCUGGACCAUCCGGCCAAACUGAGCAAUCGGGGGAGAAGAGCCUUGGUGAGAGAGGUAAAGAAGAACCCAAAGAUCACUGUGGCUGAGCUCCUGAGAUGCAGAGUCAACCAUCACUGCAGCCCUCCACCAGUCGGGGCUGUAUGGCAGAGUGGCUCGACGGAAGCCUCUCCUCAGUGCAAGCCCGUAUGGAGUUUGAAGCACCUGAAGGACUCCAAGAUGGUGAGAAAUAAGAUUCUCUGGUCUGAUGAGACCAAGAUAGAACUUUUUGGCCUUAAUUCUAAGCGGUAUGUGUGGAGAAAACCAGAGACUGCUCAUCACCUGUCCAAUGCAGUCCCAACAGUGAAGCAUGGUGGUGGCAGUGUCAUGCUGUGGGGGUGUUUUUCAUCUGCAUGGACAGGGAGACUGGUUGCAAUCCAAGGAAAGAUGAAUGCGGCCAAGUACAGGGAUAUCCUGGACGGAAACCUUCUGCAGAGUUACGAGGACCUCAGACUGGACCGACGGGUCGCCUACCAACAAGAUCAUGACCCUAAGCAUACAGAUAAAAUAAUGAAGUAGUGGCUUCAGAACAACUCCAUGACUGUUCUUGAAUAGCCCAGCCAGAGUCCUAACUUAAACCCAAUUGAGCAUCUCUGGAGAGACCUGAAAACGGCUGUCCACCAACGUUCACUCAUGGCUGUAUUAGCUCAAAAGGGUGCUUCUAAAUACUGAGCAAAGGGUCUGACUAUUUAUGGCUGUGCGAUAUUUCAGUUUUCUUUUUUUAAUAAAUCUGUAAAAAAUUCAACACUUUUUCAACUUUUUUUCUGUCAAUAUUGGGGUGCUGUGUGUACAUUAAUGUGGAAAAAAAUGAACUGAAAUGAUUUUAGCAAAUAGCUCCAAUACAGCAAAGAGUGAAAAAUUUAAGGGAGUCUCAAUACUUUCCAUACCCACUGGACAUACCGGUUUUGGAGCAACAUAUGCUGCCAUCCAAGUAACGUCUUUCUCAGAGACGUCAGCAAGACAAUGACAAGACACAUUCUGCACAUGUUACGACAGCCUGGCUUUGUAGUAAAAGAGUGCGAGUACGAGACUGUCCUGCCAGCAGUCCAGGCCUGUCUCCCAUUGAAAAUGUGUGCAGGCGCAUUGUGAAGUGCAAAAUAUGACAACGGAGACCCCGGACUGUUGAGCAACUGAAGUUGUACAUCAAGCAAGAAUGGGAAAGAAUUGCACCUACAAAGCUUCAACAUUUUGUGCUCUAAUUGAGUGUUGUUAAAAGGAAAGGUGAUGUAACACAGUGGUAAACGUGCCCCUGUACCAGCUUUUUUGGAAUGAGUGAAUAUUUGAAAAAAAACCCAAUAGUUUAUCAGUUUGAACAUUUUUAUAUUAUAUAUUAAUUGAAUAAACUUUGUAGUGUGUUCAAUUGUA